AUGGAUCGGAGGUCCCGGGCUCACCAGUGGCGCCGAGCUCGCCACAAUUACAACGACCUGUGCCCGCCCAUCGGCCGCCGGGCCGCCACAGCGCUCCUCUGGCUCUCCUGCUCCAUCGCGCUCCUCCGCGCCCUUGCCACCUCCAACGCCCGCGCCCAGCAGCGCGCGGCAGCCCAGCAGCGCCGGAGCUUCCUUAACGCCCACCACCGCUCCGCCGCCCAAGUGUUCCCUCAGCCCCCCGAGUCCGACCAGGACGAGGAGAGUGAGCUCGACCUGUCCCUCCCCGAGUGCCUCGAGUACGACGAAGAGUUCGACUACGAGUCGGAGACCGAGACCGAGUCCGAAAUCGAGUCCGAGACCGACUUCGAGACCGAGACCGAGCCCGAGACCGCCCCAACCACUGAGCCGGAGACCGAGCCCGAGGACGAGAGCGGCCCCGUAGUGCCCAAGCGCCCCACCUUCGGCCAAUCUCUUACCGAGCGUCUGAACGCGCUCAAGUUGCGGAGCCCGGACGCCUCCCCGAGUCGCGCGCAGCCCAGCACUCAGGAGCCCCAGGGCCCCACCGAGGGGGAGGAGCCCGCGCCCGAGGAAAAGGAUCCGCAGGACCCCGAGGAGACCGAAGAGCCCAAAGAGGAGGAGAAGCAGCAGCAGCGCCGCUGCAAGCCCAAGCCCAAGAGGUCCAGCCGCCGCGACCCGUCUCCGGAGUCCCCUUCCAAGAGGGGACCCAUCCCCAUCCGGCGUCACUAA